AUGAUCCACCGCGAGAACCUUCAAGCUGCUACCUACACCCAGCUCAACGACAAAAGCAGAUUCUGGAAUAUACGACGCAAUGUGACACUGCCCAUGGCCUUGACAAAUUGGGCGACGCCAAUACCUCACGGCGAACGGUGGGACUUUGAAACGCGCUAUGGAGCAUUAAUUGAAGUCCCUCGAUACUUGAAGCGAACAAGUGGAGUUUCCAAGGACCAGGUGAAUACAUUCCACCUGCUGUUGUACAGACGCCAGGGACGCGACGUCGAUCACAAAGCCAAAGGCCGUUCCCUUUCAGAACGCAACGAAGACGACCGAGGGGCUGUCCCAUCGACGGGAGAAUAUGUCAUAGAGGCCUCCAAACAGACAAUCGACAUUUUAAGGGAAGCCUCAGAUUUCCUUCCCUUCCCCGGCGCAAAGCAAGUGCUUGACGUUGCUCUGCUCCUAAUGACGACCUACGAUGACGUUACUGCUCUUGAGGAGCAGGUCAGAAGCCUAAACAAUCGCAUAGGCUACCUGAUGGUGCUCAUGGUGCACGGUAUUAGUGGGAAGGACGAGAAAGACAUCUCAGUCCCAGUUCGUCAAGAUAUCGAUAGCCUUGGACGUGACCUCCAAAUUAUUCAACAGGAUCUAGCGAAGAUUACAGCUCAGAACAAACUACUCCUCAUAUUCUUCAAAAACGCCAACAAAUCAAAGGUCGACGACUGUGUCGAACGGCUUAACGAUGCGUUGCAGUCGUUCCAGAUGAGUCGCACCAUCGAUACGGGCAAUCUCCUCUCACAAAUUCAAAGUAAACUUGGUAACAUCCAGAAAGGAGUUGGAAACAUUGAACAGAAGGUGGACGAAAUACACGCCUGGAUGGUACAGGAGAAAGGGCCUAGUUCCGACACGUCUACUCUUGUCCUGGAGGAAAUGCCUGUCCUGCCCAAGAUUUUUGGUCGCGAAGAGAUCAUCGACCGGGUUGCGCAAAGGCUAGUAGAGUCGAGGCCGAGAGUUGGUAUCCUCGGCGCUGGUGGGAUGGGCAAGACCAUGGUCGCGGUUUCAGUUCUUGACCAUCCGCAAGUGCAAACGAUAUACCAGCCAUCCUAUCGGUACUGGGUGCCUUGCGUCGGUGCAACCACCCUCCUUACCUUCCUUCAAAUUCUCUGCAAGGCACUGCAUGUUGCCUCCGACUGCAGUUCUCCCCUUAAAGACAUCAUCGACACCUUGAAAGCUUCGCCACAUCGCCGCUUAAUCCUUCUCGACAAUUUGGAAACAGUGAUGCAGCUACCGGAUAUCGUGUCAGAAGGCGGGAGGUUAUCUGCUGAACGCAUUCUCAACCAGCUCGCCAAUAUUCCCCACGUCUCUCUUCUCGUUACUGCCCGGACAAACUCUCUUCCAUCCGAUGUCAUCUCCUGGGACAUCGUCGCCCUGGGUGGCGUGGGCCUGGACGCCGCUCGAGCAAUCUUCACCAACAUACACCCUCCUUCAGCCGGGCAGUCCAAACUGGACGACUUGCUGAAGGCCCUAGGGUACAUGCCUUACGCCAUCACCCUGAUGGCGAAGCAGGCGUCCAAGUCGGGGGCGACCCCGAAGCAGUUACUCUCCUCUUGGAAGAGGAGUGGCGCGAAGUCGCUCACGAAGGACUUGCGAGAACGGAUGACACGCUCGAUCGAAUUCUCCGUCAAGAGCGCGACGGUGGAGGACGACCCUGACGCACGGAAGCUCCUGUCCAUCCUCGCCAGGCUUCCGUCUGGUACUACCAGGGAGCAUUUGGAAAACUGGUGGGGUAAGGAUGUGGACAACCUUCUCAAUGGCAUCGCGGCACUUAACGACACGGCCCUCAUUAUCCAGCGACAGCGUCGCGUUACUACGUCCCCCAUUCUGCAAGUCCUUCCCGUGGUUCAGUCGUACCUCCACGAGCACCCUCCCUACAACGCACCUUCGACCCUCCAAUCUGUCCUCGAGGCGUGUUGUCUCUUCGUUCUCCACCACAAGCCCGUUCCAGGUGACAAAUCUUUCAAAGAGGAUUUGAAGGAGCUUGACGUUGAGAAGAACAACAUCCUAUCCAUCUUUUUGUCCACCACUACCGAACGGCUGAGAUCCCUUUCCAUGCUCGACAAACAGUCUUGGGUCCUCGACGCCAUGCUUGCUUUCGCGUGGUAUCAGUACUGGAGCAAGAGGAGUACAGAGCUACUCGUCCAUCUACUCGCCAAUGUCGCCAACGAGGGCACCACUGAAGACGCCCCAAUACUCCGGCGGGUCGAUGAAGCACGCCACUGUCUUGGUCGGAUGAACUACCAACUCGGCUGCUUCCAAGACGCUUCCACAGAGCUUGAGAAGGCUUGCUUCACCUUCCGCAAACUGGAUACCACGGAAGACCGCGUCCGAGCGGGAGAGGCCACUCUCUCCCUUGUCGACGUUCAAAUGGUUCGAGGCCGACCGGGCCAUGAAAUCCAAGGACUCGUCGAGGCCGCCCAACAGGAUGUAGGAGAGGAUGUCAAAGGCAACGCCUUGGUGUUUCUCAGGAGAGGACUUUACAGUCGCCGGAACAAAGACCCGGAGAAGGGCCUAGAAUAUGCUGCACGCGCCAAAACCCUCCUCUCGCAACUGGACCAUAAACCCGCUCGCGAAAUCUCAGACUGCUUGCUUCUUAUUAGCCAGUGCCACGGGACCCUGCGCUCCAAUCCAGAUUGGUUAAACGCCUGUCUUGAAUCACUCGAGUUUUCGAGGUCGAUUGGGCUUGCUUCCUGGAUAUGUGCGGAUUUGCAUCUUCUUUCGGGCUGUUAUAUCUGGAUGGGGCGGUAUGAUGAAGGGAUUGGGACGCUGAAGCAGGCGUUGGAGAUGUAUGAUGAAGUUGGGGACCCGCAGGGCAUUGCGGCUGUGCUGCGAAUGACAGGGUAUGCGUAUGCGAAGAUGGGGGAUUUGGUUGGAGCUAGGGUAUUUGGAAUUGGAGGAGGCAGAAAAGACGAGGAAUGGGAUGGCGCAUUGUGA